AGGCCCGAGCCGUAGUCGCAGCCAUCUUGCCCCCUUCGGCAGGCGACGACUCCACGGCUUGAGCCUAGACGUGCCAGCCCCGCCGAUCACGGCGCGUCGGGCCAGCCGUGCCCCGCCAUGGCUGCCUGCUGAUGUCCUGCCCCAUGUUGUGCCGCCCACCUGGUGUGGCCUCCGCUGCUGGCAAACGCCGCCUCAGGGCGCGCAGGGUGGCCGUCCGGCACGCGCAAGUGCAGGCGCUGGCCGUGCGCGACCUGAUGGGGUGUGGCACCCCGCCCGGGCUCGACGUGUCGCCUGCGGACAUCCUGCUGCAGGAGCUCUUGGCGUACGUGGAGGAGCCGGAUGCCACGCGAUGCAAGGCGGGCGCCGCGCCCCAGCCCCAUGAUGCUCACGUACCUGGACGGCGCGCGCAGGCCCCGCUGGCGCGCUCGGCGCCCGCUGCGGGCCCCAAGGUGGCCGAGGCCGCGCGGUGCUGGCUGCCAGGAGCGCUGCCGCCCCUGGCGCUGCCGCCCCCGGCGCACGCCCCGCCGACCUUCCUGGUUGGCAGCCUGCCGCCGCCACCAGCAGCCGAUGUUCGUGCGGACAUCCGACUCCUGGCGCCAGCCGAUGACACGGCUGAUGGCGCCGUGGCUGCACCUGGAGGCGGCACCCCGGAGGCGCCUGCGGCUGCCUCCUCGCCUUCUUCGCCUUCUUCGCCGACGCGGGAGGCGUUUGAGGCAGCCGCUUCCGGCGACGUUGCUGCCGCGGCCGUGGCUCCGGAACGUGGAGCUCCUGGUGAUGUUCAGGAUCGUCGGGUGCUGGUGCUACGCUCUUCGCAACGGCCGCCUGCUGGAGAUGCGCCCCCGGAGGCGCCACGGAAGGUGGCGAGUACGGUUGCUGCUUCCGGAGCUGCUGCUGCCGCGGCCGUGGCCGCGGCUCCAGAUCGUGUACCUCUUGGUGAUGUUCAAGAUCCUCGUGAUCGUCCGCUACGCCCUGCGCCACAGCUAUGUGCUGGUGCGGUUCCCCCGGAGGCGCCACGUCGCGGGGCGAUUGGCGCUGCCGCUUCCGGCGCUGCUGCUGCUGCUGCCGCUGGAGCUCCUGGUGGUGUUGGCCACGCUUCUCGUGAUCGCGACCUCCGCCCUGUGACGCGUCUGCCUGCUGGUGCUGCGCCCCUGGAGGCGCCAAAGCGGGAGAGGUUCGCGGAGGCCGCUUGCGGCGCUGGUGCUGCCGAAGCCAGUGGUCACGAGCCUCCGCUGGCCGGGCAGAGGCAGGCCACAGUCGCAGUCGUGACUUUCGAGGCCCAUUGCAAGGCGACAACACGCCGUGCUGCGUGGGCCAGGCGUCGCCCGCCCGCUGUGCGCCAGGCCGAGGCCGACAGCCAGGCCAAGGCCGCGCCCCAGGCAGCGACCGAGCGGGAGGCAGCCGAGCGCGCCGCAGAGGCGCUCGACGAGGUGGUCGCCGCUGCUGCCUCGGAGCGGCAUCCUGAGGCUGAGCGCGUGGCCGUGCCGGACACCCUGGGACAGCCCGUUGGUUCCAGUGCGGCACGCGAUGGCCAGAGGAACCGGAGGAUCGGUGACGCUAUCGCUGGUCAAGGCGGCAUCGAAGCUGCCAGAGCCGCCAUGAUUGCCGCAUAUGCGGCCAUCGGCAUCCAUAUGAAGUAACAUAGAGGUGGGA